AUGUCGAACUCGCAAGUGGGCACGGUGUUCGAGAAGGUCAUACAGGAGGUCUGCGACAGCUCUCAAGUCGACUUUGAGGAAAGUGGUGUCGACCAAAAGACACUGCUAGAUUUGCGCCAGGUAAGCAUCAUUUCCUCGAGUGUUUCUUUCUUGUAUUUGGAUGAAAUCGAUGGACCUGGAGUGGUGACUCUGGGGGGUCCGGCAAAAAGCGGGGAGGCCCGAAGUGGUGCGGGAGGCAGUGCUUAUGGGGGAACACCGGAUUAUGAGGCUCCCUUUAUAUGCCGCCGCCGCUACCCGCUUAGACCUGGCAGCAGAAACUUUCAUCCGUCAACGUCGCUCAUUUCCCUUGGGAUCCUCCCCCCACCCCAGGCCGCUCCUCAACUCCCCCCCCAGGCAACUGUCCCAUCUAAUGCUCCUCGCCCUCCCCCGCAACCCCAACAUGUCCCACCCCCUGUAUCUCUACCACAGUCUGUCCCUGCACCCGUCUCAGCGCCGAUGGCACCAGCGGCACCGGUGGCAGCGGCUAUGAGUGGUCCGCGCAUUAAGACUGAGCCUGGCACCAAUGGGCAGGCCCCAAUGCCUCCAAUGCACAACGCAAUGCCCCCAAACGUAUCUAACCCACAAAUGGCUCGUGAGCGUGCGGCUCAGCAGUUGACAUCUAAGUACGGUGCCUCUGCAGCUGGCUCUGUGAGUCAGCUCCAGUCUGCCCCGACUGGGCCACAGUCGUAUCCGCAACAUGUGCAGAUGCACCACCAGGCCAACGGUCAGGUGCCGCAAAUCAAAUCGGAGUCUAGUUAUUCCUCCAUGGGUCCCGGUCAGACUGAUGGAUCUGAUGACGCGCUAGCAGACUGGAAGGCAGAAGUCACCCGCCGCAGAGAGGCUGCUCAAAGCGGCCAAGCCGACCAUCUGCUUCGUGAAUACUUGAAGCACCAGAUGACUGGCUUAGAAGCAGGCGGUCUAAUGCGCCCCCUGGCAGAGCAGGAGUCGUCGGCUACUGUUGCGCGACGUGCCGCUCUUGUUGCGCCUCUGCAUCGAGGGAAUGCUUCAUCUGUUCUCAGAAUGCCAGGCCAAUACGAUGGUGUCGACGAUGGCCCCCGAGAGGAAGCUGAUGAAGAUGCCAUCAACUCGGACCUUGACGACCCCGAGGACGACAUGAAUGACGAACAUGAUGCCGAUGAAUCCGAGGGCCAAGUCAUGCUCUGCACAUAUGAUAAGGUCCAACGAGUCAAGAAUAAGUGGAAGUGCACCCUUAAGGACGGUAUCCUAACCACUGGUGGAAAAGAAUAUGUUUUCCACAAGGGCCAGGGCGAAUUUGAAUGGUAA